AUGAAUUUAAAUUCUGUCUUUUAUUUUUUAUUUUUGUUGAUUUUGCCUAUAAUACCUAGUAAUGCCCAAUUAUUUUAUAUCCCAAACACACAGGCUUUUGCUUGGCAACAAUUUGAGGGUCAAAAGCAACAGAGAAAUGAUGGAAAAUCAGAGGAUUCAACAACUUUACGUUUAAUUGACGAACUUCUCGGGAUUUUUGCUCCCCCACGUUCUUAUGUCAAUACGGAAAGAAAUAAUGAUUUAAUAACUAAUGAAUAUUCAAAUGAUCAUUUAAUGCCUAGGAUGGCGCGCAGUGAAGAUUAUAAAACUGAAAGGAUUGAAUUGGAUUCACCAACUAACAACAACAAUAAUGACAAUAACGAACCUUGGGCUCAUUUGGCUCGAGGAGUGAUUGAUCUGUUCAAGUCAAUCGAAACUACAACACCUACCACAACCACCACAACUACUACACAAUUAUCACUUCUCGAGAGGAUGUUACCAAAAAUAUUUAACCCCUUUGGAGGGGAAACUACAACAAUGACAACGACACCAAGCAGUACUUUUCCCCCUCUUUUUCCUUUCUUCGCGAGGACAACCACAACUGCCCAGCCUUCGCUUUUUUCUUUUUUACGUAGAGAGCAGCCUAAGAGGGGGGCAGAGAAUGAAUUAUUAAUGCGCCCAAAUGAGCUUUUGGUGGAACAAGUUGGGAGGCUUUUUGGGGUUGAACGAAAAGCAGUAGAAGAGGGUCGCGCACAGAUAGACACAGGCGGUCCGAAUUUUGAUCGUUUUGUUGUAAGGCAAAAAUCAGCAUCUGAUAACCCCUUUGCUUCUAUUGUUGGUGGAUCCAAAUGGAAUGAACGGGGGAUUAAAUGGGAGGAUGGGAAUAUUCGUUUGGUGGACAAGAAUGGGAAUAGUCUGCUUGGGACUGAAGUUGGGGUUAAUGACAGAUCUGUUGAUAUUCCGUUGAAAAGAUGGUAGGGGCAGAAAAUUAUUUGGACUUCAUUUUGAUUUUUAGGCUUGAAAUAGCCAAUGGAAUAGUCAACAUGCAACAAACUCAACGAGAUUAUGUAACCAAA